AUGAUGAAGAUUGUGGGAAAUGACGAGUACCUCUGGUCCUACACCAAGGGGUUUGCUCAGCUUCCUUCGCCGGCGCAGCUGAAGGCCAGCCUGGCGGAACAGCUUUCCGUGGAUCAGCUGCGGGACGAGUUCCGGCGGUACAUCAAGACCAAGGUGGCCCAGGAGCUGGUAGACUUCUACCUGGACUCGCUAGACCGGGAAGAGGUGGCCGGCUUCUUCGAGAGACAGGCGGCCACCAUGCGCAUCGUGGACCAGUACAUCAAGGAAGGAGCCAGAGACCAGGUCAACGUAUCGGGAGCAUGCCGAGAGAAAAUUCUCGCGACGGAUGUGACCGCGUUCGACAUCUUCGACGAGGCGAGGGCGGAGGUCUUGGCUGUCAUGGAGACAAACUUCCGGAGAGACUUCGUGACGACAGAAGGGUUCCGCCGCAUUCUGAACGCUUCCAAGCAAGAGCAGCGGGAGCUGCGGCUCCUCCGUGCGGGGGGCAUGCUGCCCCUGGGAACCCCUUCCCCCGGGUCGUCAUCGGCGGACAAGACGCCCUCCUCGUCGGCCUCUCCGCACACCGCCGCCGCCGCCGCCAUGCGCGGCGAGGGCAGCGAGAAACCGGUGGGCUCAGACGACACCCCCAGCAUCGACAGCCUGCGCGGGUUAUACGUCAAGUCUCGGUCCGACCCUGAAGGCCUAGCACAUAGUAACAAGAGAGGAUUUGGCGGCAGCGGCGGCGGCCGAGAACCAGGAACAGUUAAGCUGCUUGGUAGGAGCCACAGCACAGCAGCAGCGUGGACGGGACAGUUCACGGGCGCUGCGUCCCGUGCGGGACAGACGCACUCUAAUGUCAACCGCUUGUAUCGCGGAGGGACCGGCAACUGGAGCAGCGAAGGGGUCCCGCGCGAUGGAAUCGUGGAGGACAGCCCCGCGGCGGCCCCGGCGAGACCUGGCGACGCUGCCGUCGACUCCGCCACGGACCCCCACCGACCACAACAAGCCGCCGACGCCGGUGCCACGGAUCCGCAGAGCGAGGCGAGCGUCGUUCCAAAGCGGGAUGUGACCGCGCAACAGCUCGGGCUCCGGCUGGCGGCGCUCGCCGCCGCGGCCGGCGCCGGGCCGUUGGUGAGCGACAACGCCGAGAGCGGCGGCGGCGGCGGCGGCUAUGGCGACCUGGAGGUGGGCGUAGAGGGGCUGGACGUGCUCUCGUCCUGGUCCACGGACGAGAGUCCGGAUUGGGUGCGAUUCUCCGACUGGAUCAGGAACGGGUCCGGGCCGGCGGAGGGGGAGGGGGAGGGAGCAGAAGGCGGGGGCGGCGCAAGCUGGACGUGGGACGUUAACAGGGGUUUGAGUGUUUCUGACGGGGGAUCCCCGGAGACGGGGCGGCGGGGGCGGAGCUGGGGCUCUGGCGGGAGCAGCUGGAGCAAGCACUCGGGACAAGAGGUUUAGGGGUCG